AUGUCUUCAAACAACAGCAACAACAACGAUAACAAUUCACCUCCUAACGAACCCUCUUCUUCUAGACCCCGUCGCGGUUCCAUUACAGCACAAACCUUUACCAACAUCUUCCGUUCAAACAGCACAUCUGCCGGAGGUCCGGUCAGCCCAUUCCCUGGUCCCAUCAACACAGCCACGUCUCAAGAUCAGAAGCGAAGAAUGUCAAUUUCUACUCUUGGUUUAUCUGGUGCAUCUCCGACCCAAUCAUCGGCAUUCCCUUUUGGUGGUCGGCGCGGUAGUGUUUCGACUGCGGGUUCCGAGUCAAUCGAUGAAAGUGCGAUUGAUGAUGACGAUGGCCCUCUCAGAAGUAACCCAACUACACCCUUCACACGUCGUAUGUCAUUCGGUGCUCAAGCGCUUCGGACUGUUCGUACGGGUAAUGGUAGCCCUGGCACAAAUGGUAGAACACCUGCUUAUACUACUUCUACUUUAUCUUCCAUUCCAGCAGGUUCUCAAGGUGGUGGUAGAAAAACACCUCCAAAAUCUCAGUCUCAACAGGCAAGCACGCAAUCAAAACCCAGAACUCCUUCUGACUUUGUCUCUUCUGCUCGCCCAGGUGAGGGCGGUUUCAACUGGUCCGAGCAGCUUAGAUCUCGUGCUGAGAGCACAGUCUCUCAAUCCCAACGUCCUUCCAUGUCCACCUCUCCCCCGAACAAUCAACGAUUUCAUGUGCCAAUGCAUGAGCGAGCUAAGAGCAUUGGUGAUGCCCCGUCCCCUCCCACUUCCGCUAUUCCCCCUGCCGCCCCACCGAAGCCUGCUCGAAAGCAGCCGGAUGCCUUUCAAGAACGUAUUUUGAAGGGUGAUUUCUACAUGGAUUGA